AUGUCGAUCUUUAAGCAAUCUACUUCCGUUGGAAAUCAUAAAUUAAAAAUUUACAUUGAAGAUAUUCCAUCAAAAUACAAUAAAGACCUGAUACAAGAUAAAUGCUCUUAUUGCAAUUGUAAUAAUUACCAUUUAAUUGGUCUAGAACCACUAAUUCAUUGCUUAAUCGAGAAUUCCGAUUUCAAAACACAAUCAAUUGAUGAUGCCACAUUCAUUUUUGUGCCUUCUUAUACAUCAAUAUAUAGACAACAAACUGAUUUUAUUGAUAUACCUGAUGAAAUUAAAAAGACAAAUUCCUUUAAAAUCUGGCAUGGAUCAAGACAUCUGAUUGUUGAUUCCUCUAUAUUUUAUGGAGGAAAUAAUAAUUAUAUGAAGUUUCCUGAUCAACAUGUUGUAAUCGCAACAAAUUUGACAAUUGAUUUUAUUCAUGAAGAUAGGUGGCUUAAUUCACGACAUAUUCAAGUCCCUCCAUUGCAAAUACAAGAUUCCUAUCCAAAAAACGAAAAAACAAAAUCAAUAGUUUUUGUGGGAAAUUCAACAGGGAUAAUAGACAUUUUGAACUCAGUUAACGCAAGCAUAUUAAGUGAUCAUGAUGACAUACUUAAUUCUAUUUGUUCUUCUAAUUUUACUAUACUCAGACCCAAUGAAAUUUAUCUUCCUCAAUUUAUAUACGAAAUUAUUCGGUGCAGAUCUAUUCCUAUACUACUCUCAGGUCCAUUCUUGCCAGCAUAUGCUAAUACUCAUAUAGAUUACUCCAAAUUAUCAAUAAGAUUAGAGAUGAAUAAUAUUUCUCAGCUUAAAACGAGAAUCAACAAGUUUGAUAUUGCAGAUGGAUUAGAGUACAAUAGCAAGGUAUACAACCAUUUCUUUUGGCCGCUAAAUGGUAAGAUAUCAAAAGGAGAUGCAGCAGAUAUACUUUUUGAUUAUCUGAGUAUUAGAGACCUCAUUUUAACACCAGUUCUCCGUAGAAAAUAUAUCGGAACUGAGGAAUAUAUUUAG